AUGGAUCACUACAGUUCUGAGGAUAUACUUUGCGAAGCCGUGGAAGCAAUUUAUGUGAGAUCGUCGCUGGUUCGAGUUUUGAAGAUAUUUGAGUUAACGGCGGCUGUUGUUGGUGUACUGAUUUCAAUUUUCUCAGCGGCUACAAUUUUCCGCAUCAAAUCGCUUCAUUUCAAUGCUCGAAUGUUGCUGACCAUGAUUGGUCCGGCUCUCGAGUUAUGUCUUGUCGUCGGCCGCCUACGCCGAACAACGCCAUCGCUGCAGCAGUCUUGUUUUUUCUCUACAACAUUGCAGAGGUGGGUGAUUUCUGUGAAGGAUAGAAAGGGGAAAGAAUUCUUCGAGAAAAGUGGCACUUUUCUUUGUGCUAUCCCAAAAGUUGCAAGCAGAACUGUACGAUUGAUCAAUUGUAUUUUGCAGAUAGCACUGUGUCCGGUGAUAAUGGUUUUGCUAGAAAGACGUCAGACGUCCGUGAAAUUACCGUUUUGUUCACAGACGUUAUUCAGUUACGGAAGUGGAAAAGCUACGACGAUAUCAGUGGGUGCUACUUGUCUUCUGUUGUUCACUGUCCAUGCAAUACUGCUGAUUUUGAAUAUUUUGAAGAAAAUUAAAUUUGAGGAGAAUAUCCGCACAACGAAGCUUAUGUUUGCAACAGCCAUUGCCAGCUGCAUGAUUAUACUCUAUAUGCUGCCUGUAUUUCUGAUUCACGGGGUCGAUAUCGAUACCGGCAUUCCGUUGAGUAAUGCCACAAUGCAGCGUAUUAUUGCAUACGCCCCCUGGGAAACAUCAACGGUUUGUUUAAUCCUUUAA